AUGGAUGGUGCAAAUCAUAAUGUGUUAUCAGAAGAACUUUUAUUGUUGUCAUCAGAUGAUGAAAACGAUGCCGAUCUGGUUAUUGAUUACCUGAGCGAAGAUCAAUCCUUCACCCUGAAAUGCACGGAUGCCUCUGCCUGCUCUAAUGAGAUAGAAAACUGUUGCGAUCUGAAGAAUACAACAGGUGCAGCAGUAAACGUCAGCGAGUUGGCGAGAACAAACGGUAGCAAUAGUGACGCGACUACAAAUAAUCACAGCAACAUGGUGCCAAUAAUUAGUGUGACUCCUCACAGCCCUGGGGCCAAGUUUAAUUUUCUAGAGGACACUCUUAAUCAGUUACAAUGUCUACGAGAAAGUGUAGCUCAUAUGAAAAAUUCCACACUUCAAAACACGGCAUUGGGAGGCAUUGGUUCGACGAUGUCCUCGACGAAAUUGUUCUCCUCGUGUCCUUCGUUGCCAGAUCUUACUAUAGCAAAUCCUAUCAAUGUUUGGCCGCAUCAUCAUGUGCUGUACGGUUUGAAUAAUGAUCGACGAAAGUCAUGGACCGCCAUUGAGGAUUUAACAGAAUGCACAAAGUCAUCACACAAAAGCGUCAGCUUGUCUAGUCUGGACAGCGAAGAGCAGGAAUCUUUACGAGCUGCGGAACGACUCCAUAAUCGAACGAGUAGAAACAGUACGGGUGGAAUUUCAACACAUUCCUUAAACGAAGCUGAGUUAGCGAGGGAUUUUGAGAAAGUAGUGGCUAAACGCAAUCUGGUGCCCGUGGUUCCACGGAUUCCGUUACAAAAAAGCAUAUCCACUCCAUCUAUAGCUCCGGUCCGGAAUCAGACUGUUAAGGAAGAUAAUCUAGCCUCUUCGAGGCAUCUUUCUGACAGUGAAGAUGAAACUCAUGAUCGAUCACUACUUUGUGUGAGAGAUAAAAACGAGGAAUAUCCAGAGCAUCACGAAAAACGAAGAAAGCGUGGCUCAUUAUUUUUCCGGAAGAAGAAAGAUAAAUCUAAAACAAAAGGACAAUCCUCUGUUUGUGAUGCCUGUGGAGCAGUUAUAAAUCUGGCAACAUACAAAGAGCACGCAGUAGAAUGUAAAGCAAAGAUAGCAAAGAAAUAUUUCCAGGCUCAACCAAAACCUAGCUCAAACAAGAAGAGCUCUGCCAACAGUGGCAAAAAAAUGACUGGAUGUUACUCUCCGUGGCGAUUGGUUGCUAACAAAUUAGGCGUGGUAUCACAACACGCUAGCCACAAUUCCUCGCAACACGAUGAUCAGGGUAGAGACUAUUAUGAUGGCAACGUGCAUAAUGAUAACGCUAAUUACUCAGACGACGUUCCGUUGAUAAGGGAUGAAUUUCUGCACGAAGCGCCUAUCGGUCCACAUGAGCUGGGUGCAGAGCCCAUUCUAGGCGUUGCAAUUGAUGAGCACGACUCAUGGAGCCCCAGUGUCCCUAAAGAGGUGGUCAAAGGGCUAAAGGACAAACAGGUGAAACGUCAAGAACACAUUUAUGAAUUUAUCAUGACAGAGAAGCAUCAUGUUCAAACUUUACUAGUCAUGCAGAAGGUAUUUGUAGAAAGUCUUCAGAAACACUUCAGCCAUCUAAACUUAGAACGGAUGUUUCCAAGGCUCGUUGAACUAACCGAGCUACAUACCGGAUUUCUUCGCAAACUGAGAUUGAAACAAAGAGAACAUCACAUAGUGGAUAGCAUCGCCGAUAUCCUACUCGACUUUUUCUCCUCAAUGUCAGCUCAGAAGCUUAAAAGUUCAUAUGGCGAAUUUUGUUCAAAUCAUCGAUCAGCGUUGGAUACGUUCAAGUGUUACAUGACUGGUGACAACGUGUUUGCUGAAUGGUACAAGCAUUGUCAGCAAAAUCCACUCCUGAAGAAGAAAGGCAUACCCGAAUGUAUUUUGUUCGUUACUCAGCGCCUAACUAAAUACCCGCUACUUAUCGACCCUUUGCUGAAAAGCUCUCGUGAAGACAAGAUUGAGCAGGAAAAGCUGCAGAAAGCCAUGUCGCUGGUAAAAGAAAUACUAGUUGACGUGGAUGCCCGGGUGGCCGAUAAAGAGAAAGAGGAUCGUCAAUUAGAGAUUUUUAAACGUAUUGAUGCCAAAUCCUGCGCAAUCUUUAAAAAGGAUAAGUUCAAAAAAUCGGACAUAAUAUCAUGCAAUCGAAAAUUAAGAUUCGAAGGAGUAGCCACUUUAAUGCAAGGCCGAUCCAAAAUGCAAACAGUUCUGGUGGUUGUCCUAUCGGAUUGCUUGUUCUUUCUAUUGGAAAAUUCGCAUAAAUAUUCUUUCUUCACUCCAGAGAAUAAGGCGGGCGUAGUUUCUCUGCAAAAGCUUUUAAUUCGUGAAAAAGCUGGCACAGAAUCUCGAGGUAUUUACAUCAUAUCUUCAAACCCGGCUUAUCCGGAAAUGUACGAACUGAAGGUACAAAAUCCAAAAGAUAAAAAUGUGUGGAUCCAAUCAAUACGUGCUGCCGUUAUUGACUGUCCCUCAGAUGAGUCGGAAACAGAUGACUACAUGAGCAUUGAACAAAGGCAAAAAAUAAUAGAUCUAAAACAAGCAAAUAUUCGGGAGAUAAUUUCUCUCGGAACAACCGAACUGGAAGGUAAAAUGCGGCAGAAGGACUUCGAGCAGGCGAUAUUACUUGAAGAAAAGAUAGCGCUACAGUUGAGCUUGUUGCUGGAUAACGAGCAAAACGCUGAGCAACUAGGUCCCGCCGUUGAGUCAUUUAUCUCAAAUUACGGAUCGUAUAGAGAUCUUAUCUCCGAUGACUGUGAUACUAUAGAAAUAUGGAAACGGGUGUUGAACUCUAUACAAGAAAUUAGUUCUCUGGCAUCUUCGCUCUAUACGGCUGCGACGGGAUUACCACUAUCUAGGUCCACCAGCUCAGUUGGUGAGCGUCAGAGCGAAUUGUUCAUCUCUCCAACCUUACCAAAACGGGCAGAAACUUUUGGUGGAUUCGAUGAGCGUCGAUCAAAACAACUAAUAACUGGCGGAGGAAUUGGAGGUACUAAUUCAACAAUGCAUACUGCCAACUCACGUGACGCUGUUCUUUCAACAUUAUCAGCCGGAUAUUUUACCAACCGUGAAACGUAUGAAAAACGAGAACAGCAGACUCAUUCUUCAUCUUCAGGGUUGGACGUCGAUCAGCUUUCUAUGUUGGCUAAUCCUCACAGUACUACUUCAUACGGCCAGCAGAAGUUGUUGGGCAGUGGCACAGAAGGUGUGUCAUCUGAUUUGGCCAAAGAUCAGAAUUACGCAGCUUUACACGUAUCACACCAUCUGCACACUCUGCUUUGUAUAAUCUCACAACAAAUGACAACCAUUCAGAGCCUGCAGCAUCAGCUAAAUAGUUAUCGCGAAAAUCCAAAGACACUGUAUCGACAUAACGACCAACUGGAAGAAUUGCGUAACUUGCAGGAUAAGCUGCAGGAAGAAAAGACGAACUGGCAGAAACAAAAAGAACAGGAGGAGCGUGAACUCGAAGAAACGAAACACUCACAGAAAGCUUUGCAGGAUCAGAUACGGGCAGAACAGGAAGAUAUCAGACAGCAACGUGAACAACUGUAUCGGAAGAUGGAAAUUUUGUCGAGCCAAGGACUGUUACUUUCUCCAAGCGUUGCGAUACCGAUACCAACUGGAGUAACAUCGUCAUUGGAGGAUACACAAAGUGUCAGCGAAGAGCACCACGUGGAUAGUGCCUUCGGAGGAAGCAUUGCAGCAGGUUCUAUGGCUGGAUCUUCGGUUACAAUCGAUCGCAAGAAAGAUAAAUGGCGAACAGCAAGCAUAUCCAAGACACCUCCAGCAAACCUAGUAAGUGCAACUAAUGCAGCAAAGAUUAAUGCAACUAACAUAAAACAGCAGCUGCCGCUAAAACUAUCAUCAUUGUCGAGCACAAAGCAGGGCUCUGCUGCCAGCAACUUGGUAAUGUCACCUAACAGUAGCAAUGUUGGCAUGGUUUCGCAUGCAGCUGGCGUUGGGGUGACUCAAAUGUUUCCUUUGAAGCUAGCUGAUAAGAAGAUUUCUUCCACUGGCACUCCAAAUCAUUCUCGAACUGGUAGCAGUCCUGCCGUAAUACAACAACAAAUUCAAGUACAAUCGGGUAAUCCUGCUACUAGAACAAACACCUAUCCAAAAAUCCCAGAACGCUUUCGCUUAAGAAGUUCUGACAACUAUCCUGGCCCACCAAGCACUGCUUGUUCAACUACACCACAAACGUAUCAGUAUUCAUCACCGUCACACCCUAUGGUGGCAUUGUCUUCGACUCCUCCUCCGCUAGUGCCCGCUAGAAGCACGAUACAGCAGGAAUCGAGCGGAGCACGUACUUCCUCUCCCAUUUCGGCUCGCCAUCCCAGCUUACAGUCACCGCAGAAACCUACUGAUCCGUCACAGAUGGGAGGCAGCAAAGGUGACAGCAGCAACAGCAAGGCCAAGGAGGAAGAAGUGAUGUACUUUUGA